AUCUCCCUCAUGAUCCUCAUGAUAAAAGCGGGGAAGACGAAUUAUAAAAUGGCUGCUUCAAAUGCUCUCUCUCUAUUUGCUUCGGUGUUUGGACGGCGAUCAGCCGUGGUGAUAGGAAUGAUACACGUUGAUGCUCUACCAGGUACACCAAGAAACUGCAUGUCAAUGAAAGAGAUUAUAAACAGGGCUUGUGAUGAGGCUAAGACAUAUAAAAAGGCGGGAGUGGAUGCAGUAAUGGUUGAAAACAUGAAUGAUCUACCAUAUCUGAAUCGACAUGUAGGCCCGGAGAUCACAUCAGCAAUGAGUGUUAUCUGCAAUGAAGUGAAGCGUGAGGUCAAGACUAUGCCCUGUGGAGUGCAAAUCCUUGCAGGAGCCAACAAAGAUGCUCUUGCAGUGGCAAAGGCCGCCGGACUGGAAUUCAUUCGUGCUGAAGGUUUUAUUUUUUCCCAUGUUGCUGACGAGGGUCUCAUGAACUCAGAUGCUGGGGAGCUAUUACGGUACAGGAAGCAGAUUGGUGCGGAUGAUGUCUUGGUUUUUACUGAUAUAAAGAAAAAACACAGCUCUCAUGCAAUCACAAAAGAUGUUGACAUUGUUGAGAUGGCUCAUGCUGCUGAGUUCUUCCAGUCAAAUGGCAUCAUCAUCACAGGAACAUCAACUGGAAGUCCAGCAAACUUCAAGGAAAUGGUUGCCCUGCGAGACUCUGUUCCACUGCCAAUCCUUAUAGGCUCUGGUGUAACCCUUAGCAACAUGGAACAGUAUCUAAGUGCUAAUGGUAUGAUAAUCGGCUCUCACUUUAAAGAAGACGGGCACUGGUCAAAGCCAUUGGAUUAUGAGAAAAUAAGGACAUUUAUGGCAAAGAUAGAACGAAUGAGAAAUUAAACCAGAUCAAUUGGAAAUAGUUUUUUUUACCAGGAAAACUUUAGAGCAAUGUGUAUUUUCUAAGAGGAUACCUUACAUUGUUUAAUACCCAUACUUGCCAACAUUGAACGCUAAAAAACUGGGUGAUUGUGCUUCAAAUACAAGAACUAUAUAAGAAAUUAUCGGUGAAUUUUCACUGGAGAUUACAGUAAAUGUAUAGGAAGUUUCAAUUCUUCUGCCGGGAGAUGAAGGCUAAUAACCAGGAGUCUCCCACGGAAACUGGAAGAGUUGGCAGGUAUGAAAACCAUACUCAAUUUUCAAAAAGGUAUUAGGGAUUAAUUAGACAAAGAAAAAUAUAAUAGCUUGGGCAACAGUGAUGUGUUUGGGGUAUUACAAAGCAGUACUGUUUAUCGAACAUAAUAAUGAGCAUUAUUGCCAUCACUGUCAUCGUCAACAUCAAGAGAACUUUUAGAAUGACUUGACAUGGAGCUAUAGAGAAAAAAAAGAUCAAUAAACAAUCAAAAUACAUA